AUGGUAGUGUUUGGUUAUCAUCAAUGCAAUUCAGACCAUACUUUGUUCUUGAAGAAGCAAAACAACAAAGUUACUGCACUUAUUGUUUAUGUUGAUGACAUGGUAGUAACAGGAAACGAUCUAGUUGAAAGGAAGGCUCUACAAGAAUACUUGUCCAGAGAAUUUGAAAUGAAAGACUUAGGUCCCUUAAAAUACUUCCUGGGAAUAGAAGUAUCUCGAUCCAAAAAAGGUAUUUUCUUGUCCCAAAGAAAAUAUGCUUUAGAUCUCUUGAAAGAGACAGGGAUGUCUGCAUGUCAACCAAUAAAUACACUGAUUGAGGAAGGAUUAAAAUUACGAAUGAAAGAUGAUCAAGUUCCCGUUGAUAAAGAGAGAUACCAAAGACUUGUUGGCAGAUUGAUGUACUUAGCCCAUACAAGACCAUAUCUUACUUAUGCUUUGAGCUUCGUCAGCCAAUUUAUGCAUAAUCUAGGUGAGCAGCAUAUGGACGCAGUCAAACAAAUUUUGAGAUACUUGAAGUUAGCCCCUGGGAAAGGAAUUUUGUUUUCUAGAAAAACAGAGGAACAAAACAUCAAUGUGUAUACAGAUGCUGACUGGGUUGGCAAUAAAAAUGACAUGCGAUCUACUUCGGGGUAUUUUACCUUUGUAGGUGGGAAUCUUGUGUCUUGGAGGAGUAAGAAACAAAGUGUGGUUGCUCGAUCGAGUGGUGAGGCAGAACUACGAGGAAUGGCUCUUGGUGUUUGUGAAGGAUUGUGGCUGAAAUUACUCCUUCAGAAUUUAGGUUAUGCUACAACUACACCUAUUCAGUUGUAUUGUGAUAACAAGUCUGCUUCGUGA